CCAUGCCUGCAGCACCAUGCACACGGGGGGCUCGCUCCCCGCCAGCCAUCCCUCCAGGGGUGCUGCCGCCAGGCCAGGCUGGAUCCCCGGGGCUGCUGGAGGCCACGGGCGCAGCGGGGAGCUGCAGGACGGGGUCGUGUUGGGGUGAGAGGGAGCUGCAGGAGAGGCACGAGCGAGCCCCGCGUGCCGGGCGCCUUCCGAGGCGGUGCAGGGCAGCCUGGAGGGCUCUUCAGUCAAGUGGCAAAAAGCUGCACGAAAACAAGAGCCUGGAGCAGCAGCCGGGUGAGCUGCACGGACAGCAGAGCCGCAGCCCCGAGCUCGCUGCCAGCCCCACCGCGGGGCAGCCGCAUCCUGGGCCGGGGGCUGCACCCGAGCGUGCGGCUGCUGCUGGGGCGGCGACGGGACAGGUCGGAGCGCGGGCACCGCGUGCCCCACGCCUGCUGCCGUUACCAGCGCAGCCCGGCCGCGUGCCGCGGGACCAGCACUGCCCCGGAGCGGGGCCAGCACCGCUCAGCGCCCCGCAGGACCGGGGGCCGGGGGCUCCCCGUGUGCCGCAGCGGCGAUGCAGCGCGCGGCGCUUGGCGGCUGUUCCUGCCGGGCAAGUUUUCUGCAGACGCCUGCUCCGCUCGAGGCUUCUACUUCCUGGUCGGCAGCCAGGAGCGAGCAGAUACCUGAUACUUGGGGAUUGUGCAACGGCACGAAGGGGGAGCCUGGCCAGGCCAGUUCCUUAUGAGCCACCCGGAAGGCAGUCCCCUCCCGCCUGGCCGGCCCCACCUGGAGAGGAGCUUAAAGCCCAGCGGGGUGGCCCUGCACGCGCAGAGCCGGCUCCCCUGCACCAUGCCCAAGGCCAGCAGCGUGCUCGUCCUCGCAGGGCUCCUGGUUCUCUGGGCAGAGCUGCCGCCAGCAUCCGCCCAGAAUGUCACGACGAAAGCCGGCGUGUGCCCGGACCCAGCGACAGAAGAAGCGAACUGCACAGUGGGGUGCCAGUCCGAUGGUGACUGCGAGAGCACCCUCAAGUGCUGCCCGGCGGCCUGUGGCAAGGCCUGCCAGGAGCCCAACG